AUCUGUCACAUUAUUGAAUUUAGAUUUUCUUACAAAAAGUCUUUUCAAGGCCAGUACCAAAAUUUGAUCAUGCAACCACGUGACAUAUUACGUAUCUUUUUGUUUUUCAUCUUGCGUUUUGCAAUAAACUUUUUCUUUCUGUACCGCCAAAAAUUCAAAGAUGAGUUGCAUACCAAUAAAUCGGAUAGUUGGCGAUAGCUUUGGUGGGUGACACAGUGUCACCUCUAUAAAAGUGUCAUCUCUAAUAGAAUCAUCUGUUGCUUAUAUUUUGGUAAAAACAUGGAAAUUUGUGUGAACUGUUCGGAAAAUACUCGGAAAUACAAAUGCAGCAAAUGCUACGCGCCCUACUGCUCCGUAGUUUGUUAUAAGGCCCACAAGGACACACCCGAGUGUAUAGAUGCGCAGAAUGCUCGAAAUAUAAAGGAACUCCAGUCCCAGCAAGCUGACCAAGAGGAACCCACUCUCCACGCACCCUUCUCCACAGAUGAUACAGUGCAGAUUGAGGCGCUGCAACAACUAGAAAAUAGCGAACAACUGAAAAACCUACUUCACAAUCCCCAUCUGCGCUCUCUGCUUCAGCAAAUCGAUGUAGCAAUAAAUGCCCAUACGGCCAUGGCGGCGGCCAUGCAGGAGCCCCUGUUUCUGGAGUUUGCUGACGCGUGCCUUCAGGUUGUGGAGCCCAUGACGGAAGCCGAGCGGGCUGAACUUGAUUUGUGUUAUUGAAAAUGAUCAGUUUUGGUUUACAAAUGUAGGAUUAUAAAUUUUUAGUAACUCCAAAGAAUCUGUAGAUACAUUUCUAGGGUAUUCCAGGUAUGAUUCCCUUUCCUAAUACGGCAUCUCGUAGGCUAGGGCAAUCGAAGAUGAUCAUACUUUUCGUAAGGUGCAUGAAAUUGAGGAUUAAAAUAUCAGAUAUAUAAUUUAAAUUGUAUUUUAUAUACAUGCAUACAAAAA